UUACGAACUUAUAAGCCUAAUUAAAUAAUUUAUUAAUCAUUUCUGACAAAAUAGCACUGAAUAGCUUUUUUUAUCAGCAAACUUGACGGUCUUUUUACACGAGAUCUGACUGAAAAUGGCGUUGGCAUCGAUCUGCCGGUUGUCAAUUGAUUCGACCUUCAGUAGUUUCAGCCAUUUGGGAGUUACCGCCCGCCGUAGUCGACCGUCUAACGCUUCAUUCGUGCGAAAUUUUGCUGCAGUAGCUGAAAAAAUGGGUUUACCGCGUACUUUCUUCGAUAUAACUGUCGAUGGACAGAAAGUUGGUCGUAUUGUUAUGGAGUUGAGAAGCGAUGUAGUACCUAAAACUGCUGAAAAUUUCCGAGCGUUAUGUACUGGAGAAAAAGGAUUUGGUUAUAAGGGCAGCACCUUCCAUAGAAUCAUCCCAAAUUUCAUGUGCCAAGGAGGAGACUUCACAAAUCACAAUGGCACUGGCGGAAAAUCCAUUUAUGGACAUAAAUUCGAAGAUGAGAACUUUGAUCUGAAGCAUAACGAACCUGGUGUUUUAUCUAUGGCUAACGCUGGUGUUGGCACUAACGGAAGUCAAUUCUUCAUUACUUACGUCAAGACAGGUUGGCUUGAUGGCAAGCACGUGGUCUUUGGCAAAGUUGUCGAAGGAAUGGACGUCGUAAGAAGGUUGGAAUCUUAUGGCUCUCAGAGCGGCAAAACAUCUAAAAAGGUCAUGAUUGCUGAUUGUGGUCAACUAGAUCAGUAAAUUACUUUAAAAACUACUGACUGCACUUCAUGUAGACAUUGAGUACCUUCUUAUAAUUCCUAUAACACAUUCAAUGACCGAAUGUUCUACGUUUUUACUACUGCUUCCAAUAAUUAUUUGUCUCAAAGCUACAGAUAAAAAUUUCAACAACAUAAAUACUACGUAAAAUGUCACGUGCUUUCCAUCAAUUUAAUAAUCUUAUUAAAAAAUUAAAAGUAAUCCUUACUGCAUGUCAGUAUGUCAAUAAUUAAUAUCAAAAAAACUUCAUUAUGAAAAAUACAGUUUCUUGUAUUAGAUAUCCUUCUGUUGCUCAGUAAAUACCUUUUUUGAGCAAA